AUGUCGAUGUGGAUUCGAGGUGUACGAUCGGAGUUCUCGCAUUCGCAGACCAGAAGGACCGGCAUUCAAUACAACAGCGACAACAGCUCAGACUGA